CCCAUUUGCUGCAAUUCUAUCCUCUCAACUCUAUUUAAACCCCCAACCAACUUUGGCCAUUCAUUAUUCCUUGGAAAAAAGAACAAACUUCUUCCUCUUCGUUUUAUUCUAAGUACAGAAGCGCCAACUAGAGCCGUACGUAACGUAACGUAACGUAACGUAACGAUGGGGAACAGCAUCGGAUCGAAGAACCGAAGAGCCAAAGUGAUGAAGCUCGACGGCGAGACCUUCAAGCUCAAGACCCCGGUCCGAGCCGCCGACGUCCUCAAGGACCACCCGCCGGGCCACUGCCUCCUCGAGUCCGAAUCGGUCAAGCACUUCGGCUCCCGGGCCAAACCGCUCGAACCGGACCAGAACCUGCUCCCCAAGCGCCUCUACUUCCUCGUCGACCUCCCCAAAACCGGCCCGGUUCCCCGGGCGAACCCGAGGCGGGUCUGGUCCGGCCCGAUGAACCUGACCGCCAAGGACAGGCUGGAGAGCCUGAAGCUGGCCAGGAGGUCCGCCUCCGAUCUCUCGCUCAUGAAGCCCGCCGCCGUGGCCGGCAGCGUCACCGUGGCGGAGGGCGGCGGCGCCGGGGAGGAAGGGACGGUGAGGGUGAAACUGAGGCUGCCGAGGAGUGAGGUGGAGAGGCUGAUGAGGGAGAGUAAAGAUGAGGCUGAAGCCGCCGCGAGGAUUAUGGAUCUUUGCGCUGCGGGUGGCGGCGGCGGUGGUGACCGGAGUUGUUAUAAUAGAGCUGCCGGCGGAGGAGAAGGGAGCAGCGGCGGCGGCGGCGGAGUCAGUGGCAGCGUGAUGAAGAAACGAGUGAGCUUUUUGCCGAUCAGUGAAGCGGAGACGAAUCAGAUAGCCGUGGCCUCCUACUAAUUACUACCAAGAAUAAUUAAGCCAACGAUGAAUAAUUAAGCAUACAUUAAUUCCUUUGUAAUAAGUCAAGAAAGAUGGGCCACCAAUUAAUUUACACUUUUAAGUACAGUAGUCUUUGCAAGUUUUUCAGCCUUCGAACUCUCAUGGGAACCAAAGCAUGUAGUGGUUUCCUUUGCUGGUCUCACAUUGGUUUUGUGUAAAUAGGAUUUGCAUAGAGAUACAACAAAGCGGUCACGUUUUGGGAUCUCAUGAGAGUGGUGAAAGAGCUUUUUUUUUUUUGUGAGAGACAUGUAUGCAUGUAUGUAGCCCUACUUUUACAUCUAUUGUAAUUUAGGAAUUACAUAUAUUCUUUGUAGGGUUAAAAGAAACUUUAUCUACUUUUACCUUGCU